AUGUUAUUCCAGUAUUUGGGUUUCCUAUAAUUAUUUACUCCUUACCUAUAUUUCCUUGAUAAAAAUCAUAAGUUCCUUUUUAAUUAUUGUUACUAUUAUUUAUUUAGUUAUUAUUGUUAUUAUUUAAUAGAUUAAUCUGAUUCUUUGUUAAACUAUUGGAUCUCUUAGAUUUUACAGAAGGAGCUCCUUAGCUAGGUACUCUUUUUUAGUUUUGGUCAUUAGAUUGUAUUAUAGGUGAUUCAUUUGUAAAAUCUUAAUAUUAACUAGAUAUAUUUGAAAGAGUAUUUCUUCCAGUUGAGAGGAAUUUAUAAUUCUCUUGUUAAUUUGCUUAAUUCUAAGGUUGUUAAAAUUUAAUCAUUUAUUGUUAUUAAAGCUUAUCUAAAUUAUGAAAAUUUUGCUAAUAGUAGGUAUAUCUUCCAAAAUUAGUAGGUAUCGAAUCCAUCCCUUACUUGUUAGUAUAUAAAGCUGCAUUAUUUACAUCUAAGCUUGAAUGUUGAGCAUUUUAAGCUGCUGUUGUAGAUGAAGGAUGAUUUGAAUUGUUUAUAUUAAAUUCUUACUAUGUUCUAUUUAAAUAAUUUACUCCUUUUGUGCCACUCAAGCUGCUUGUUGCUGUCAUGGGUGUUGAGUGGAGAGUUUAUGAAGGAGCGAAAUCAUCUUAGAGUUACAUAGACAAGCUUUUGUUGUUAGAUUUUGGAGUCAUUUAUUACUAGUUUUUACCUGCACUAUUUGAAGAUAUUCCAGAAUUGA